CCCGCUGGAUCGGAAGCUCUGUGAACAGUUGCACCUCAGUAUAGUAUUCUGUACUCAGCUCUGCUCUGCUCGUCGACUUCUAACGUUCUGCGCAAAAAUGGCAGAAACCAAACCAUUGCUGGGAGAAGGUGAUGAGUGCCAAUCUGAGGAUGGACCCAACCGCCCCUUCUCUACAACAAAAACUCUGCUGCGUGGCCGGGACGACCAUCGACUAGUGUCCCUAGAUGUCUUCCGCGGCCUCAGCGUCUUUCUUAUGACAUUUGUGGACUACGCUGGCUCCAUCUUCCCAACCAUCGCUCAUUGCCCUUGGAACGGUCUGCGUUUGGCCGACUGUGUCAUGCCCUUUUUCCUCUUUGUUUCCGGAGUCUCACUGGCCCUUGUCUAUAAUAAUAAGGACGUUUCAGACAGGCGAAGCUCUACUUGGAAGGUUGUCUCAAGAACAUUCAAUUUUUUUCUUAUUGGCAUUUUUCUUCAAGGAGGAUUCUUGCACGGGAUAACUUCUUUGACAUACGGUGUGGACAUUGAAAGGUUGCGUUGGCUAGGAAUCUUGCAGAGAAUAGCCAUUGGUUAUAUAGUAGCUGCUUUAUUGGAGAUAUGGAACCCUUAUGGAAAGAGGAAAGGGGUUGGUUUCUUCAUGAACUAUAUCUGGCAUUGGGCCACUGCAUUUGCACUGUGUACUACAUACAUGGGUUUAUUGUAUGGUUUGUAUGUCCCUGAUUGGCAAUUCAGUAUCCCCCAGUCAGCUACCUUGAAUGAUUCCAACAAAAGCUAUAUUUACAAGGUAAAGUGUAAUGUAAGAGGUGAUAUGGGACCAGCCUGUAAUUCUGCUGGAAUGAUAGAUCGAAUUAUUCUGGGAAUUGGUCAUCUUUAUGCAAAGCCUGUAUAUAGAAAUCUGGAGGAAUGCCGAAUAUCUGAUCCCCCUUCUUGGUGUCAUGCUCCCUAUGAACCUGAAGGUAUUUUAAGCUCACUAACAGCUGCUGUCACUUGCAUUAUUGGACUCCAUUACGGUCAUGUUCUUGUACAGAUGAAGGAACAUAAAGAAAGGUUGUACAAUUGGUCCAUUCUUUCAUUUCCACUUUUGUGUCUUGGACUGUUCUUAGCUCUGCUGGGUAUCCCUCUAAACAAAUCUUUGUACACUAUAAGCUACAUGCUGGUGACCUCUGCAACUGCUGGAAUCACAUUUUCCAUUUUGUAUUUAUUGGUUGAUGUUUAUGGAUGGAGGAAGAUAUUCUUUGUUUUGGAGUGGAUGGGAAAGCACUCUCUUUGCAUAUUCAUUCUGGUAACAUCAAAUGUAGCUGUGAUCCUUAUCCAAGGUUUCUAUUUGGGAACUCCUGACAAAAACAUCGUUCAUUAUAUUGUAACAAGGGUCGUGCAUAAAUGAGAUAGGUAUCACUCUCGUAGCUAGCAUAGAGCGUGGGGAUCAGAAAUUGAUGUUAGCAGAUAGGUUCAUUCCUUUUUGGUGAGAAUUGAGAAGGAGAAAGUCAAGUCAAAGCUCUGCUCCAUGUUUAUGUAUUACAUAAUCUUUACUUUGUCUAGUAAUACAAUGACUUGUAAUCCAAAAAGUGAAUAGGAGUGAUUCGAGAAAGUCUCCAUAUUGAUGGAAUAACGAUUUUCCUCAAUUACGGAGUAAUAAUGUAUGACUGAAACAUUAUAUAUACGCAAAUGACAGAAAAAUGUGAUCGAUGAUUAGGAGUUAAACCUCAUAUGUAUUUCUUUUUAUGUCUAAUUCCCCCGAGCAGAGCAAACGCUAGGGGAAGAUUGAGCGCGAGCUACUGGAAGCAUUGUGAAGCGCCGAGGCUUCGUUAGAAGAUCAGCCAACUGGAGCAAAAAGAGUUGUACUGGAUCUGAAGACAGCUUAGAGGUGGAGAAACUAUGGAGAUGAAUGUGUUUUUUUGCUCCAAGGGAGAGAAAACAACGAAUAAACCAUCAUGCAAUUUAGCAUUUGUCACCGCCAGUAUGUGCAUGGGAUUGGAAACAAUGGAAGAUGCCGAGAUUUAUCAACAGUGGCAGCAACAAGCAGUAUUAAUGGCAAUUCGAUCAGUCAUCAUACCAUCCAAUUGUAAAGGUUAAAAACUUGGAAAUGUCUAUUGUUCAAACGGACAGGGUUAGGAGGACUAAGAAAUGUCAAUUGUUCAA